UGACGUGGCCGACUUGCUGGAACUUCCAGCUCGACAAUAACAAUAUUUUCAAGCUGUACUUACCUUUUUCAUAUUUAUAGAGUUGGUUAUCUUCAAUUUUCAAAAUGGUACUGCUUGCUGCAGCAGUUUGCAACAAGUCAGGCAAAGCUAUAAUAUCUCGACAAUUUGUUGAGAUGACAAGAUCUCGAAUUGAGGGACUGCUGGCAGCUUUUCCAAAAUUAAUGAGUUCCGGAAAACAACAUACAUUUGUAGAAACUGAGAGUGUACGAUAUGUCUAUCAACCAUUAGAGAAGCUGUAUAUGUUACUAAUCACAACUAAAGCUAGUAACAUUUUAGAGGAUUUAGAAACGCUUAGGCUUUUUGCAAGAGUAAUUCCAGAGUAUUGUAAAAACUUUGAUGAGCAAGAUAUUGUGGAUCAAGCCUUUCCUCUUAUAUUUGCAUUUGAUGAAAUUGUUGCCCUGGGUUAUAGAGAAAGUGUCAAUCUUGCACAAAUCAGAACUUUCACAGAAAUGGAAUCACAUGAAGAGGCUGUUUUCAAAUCUGUUAGAGAGACACAAGAAAAAGAAGCUAAGAUUCAGAUGCAGAAGAAGGCCAAGGAACUGCAGGCCGCCCGCCGGGAGAAUCAGAAAUCUGGACGGAGUGGAGGCUUUGGUGGGGGCUUUGGAAGUGGUUCCUUUACACAAAGAGAUAAUCCUAUUAUUGACAGUGUUCCAAUGGAUACACCCAAACCAUCAUACACAGCACCUGCUAGCAAACCAUCAUCAUCAAGAAAUGCUCUUCGUCUUGGAAGUAAGAAGAAAGAUGUUGAUACAUUUGUCGGACAGCUGGAGUCAGAGGGUGAAAAGGUGGGAGGAACAAAAUCAUCAUUAUCAUCAGCUGUGGCAAAACAGACCACUCCUGUCAAAGACCAAGAAGGUGUUCACAUUGCAGUAGAGGAGAAAAUCAGUCUUACAGCUGGUAGAGAUGGUGGGCUACAAAACAUGGAAGUUCAUGGGUUAGUCAAAGUGAAGGUUAAUGAUGAAACCUAUGGAAAGAUCAAGGUCAAUGUUCUCAACAAUGACAAGAAGGGCAUUCAGUUACAGACACAUCCUAAUGUUGACAAGAAACUGUUCAACUCUUCAUCUUGUAUUGCUCUGAAAAACCAAGAGAAGUCAUACCCAUUGAACACAGAUGUUGGAGUACUCAAGUGGAGGUUUCAGAGCCAGGAUGAGGACAUGAUGCCCCUUCAGAUUAACUGUUGGCCUAAUGACACUGGAAGUGGGUGUGAUGUUAACAUUGAGUAUGAACUGAAACAGACAGACCUAGAGCUCAAUGAUGUCACCAUUCUAAUUCCUGUACCAUCUGGUGUUGGAGCUCCUGUUGUAGGGGAGUGUGAUGGGGAGUACAACUUUGACAGCAGGAAGGCAGUACUCCAGUGGAUGUUACCUGUCAUUGAUGCCAGUAACGAGUCAGGGAGCAUGGAGUUCAGUAUCGCUGGCCAUCCAGACGACUUCUUCCCAGUCACUGUUAACUUUAUAUCCAAAAAAUCUUACUGUGAUUUACAGAUUACAGAAGUUCAAAAUUGCAGUGAUGACAGUCCUGUGAAAUUUUCCUCAGAGGUGGUGUUUUAUGUGGACAAAUAUGAGAUAGUGUAAUGCUAUCUCCACCCUAUUUAUUGUGAUUGUAUUCUGUUUUGGACCAAAUGAAACUAAAUGGUCAUCGGGGGGUUACAGAGUUAGAGUUCAAAGUCCUCAUGAUCCUUCAUGAAUGUGACAUAAUUACCCCCUGCAAUGAAUGUAGAUUAGAACAUCCUGAAGGUUUGAGAGAAAUACCUAGUGAAACUAGUAUACUGGUACUGUCAAAAGGAGCUGUGAUACUAGUAGAUACCCUGGAAAGUGUCAUUUGGGAACUUGGUCAUUUUUAAAAUUUGAAAGGUAAAUCAUAUUUCUUGUAAGUUAAGUGCUGACCUUUGCAUUAUGACAUAAAAGCUACUCUAGCUCUUCUUUUCAUUAUUAUUGGGUAGGGUUACAACAGUAAUUAUCAUUCCAAGCCCAGGAAUAUCCGUAAAAAUUGCAAACGUUUUGUCUUUUGUUGUCAAAUAGGAACUGUAUAUUUGAUUGUUAAAGCAGACUUUUACUUCUAUGUGUCAAAGAUUACACAUGUACAUAACAAGAAUAAAUAUUUAUAAAAUAUGAGAA